AUGUUUCUCAGCCCUCGAUACAAAUUCAUCAUCUACAUCUUCCCUUUCCUCACACCAUCGAUACAUGCACAAACGACACAGAUAUGUGAUUCUACAAAUGCAACAACGAAAUCUGGAAGAUACACAUUCUUCCCAGAUAUUACAACGACUGAUAAGGAUGGAUAUCAAUGCACAGAUUUCUCCCUCGCCGACGAAAACAGCGGUAGCGUAGGCUCAACAACUCAAUUUAACACCACUUUUUCCUGGUCCUCCUCCCCCGAUAUCUCGACCCCGCACUCCUUCCCCUCCCUAACCCUCAAUCUCCCCUCCAUCCUCCCCAUCCCCAUCUCCAACAUCUCUCUCUUCCCCCUCACCAACAACUGGGCCCUCUACCCCGGCAACCCUCUCCACACCAUCUCCGCCACCACCCCCGAUUCCCUACUGAACGCAUCCGUCAUCGCCGCCUGCUACCUGAACAUCUAUCUCGAUCUCGAACCCUCCCUCUCCCUCGACAAACGAUUCUCCGCCACCAAAAUCUCCAUCUGGCAAGCCAACUACGGAGGCUUAAUCCCCCUCGGCUACAACGACACUACAUCCACAAUCACCAGACCGGUCAUCAAUCUCGCCGGAAUCUCAUAUACUCUCUACGUAUCGCAAACCUCCCCAUCUAAUUCCUCUUCUUCUGCGUAUUCGAAUUCCUCCACAGUAGUAAACGAUGAACCACAAGUCCCACAAACGAUAUACACGUGGUAUCCCUCCGUCAACGCCACAACCCUUACCGCAAUGGAUAUCUCCCCCCUGCUCAAUUAUCUCUGGAGAGAAGUAUAUAUCUCGAGUAACACGUAUGUGGGAUUUGUAGAGUGGGGAUUAGAUGCGAGAAAUAGUAUUGGGAAUGUUACGUGGAGUGUGUAUGAGACGGGGAUGACUGUUAAACCGGGGACGCCGGUGAGGGCUGUGGGGAUGGGGAGAAGGAAGGAGGUGGGGAGGGGCGAGAUGCUGGCGUUGGUGGGGUUAUUUGUUGGGGCUGUGGUGCUGUUUGGGUAG